GAGUAUAUAAGUAUUUAUAUUGAGGGUUUUUUAAAACUUUUUAUAUUAAUGUGGGGGCCCAUUUUUAGAUUUUAAACCGGGGCCUCCAAAUUUAUUAGACGGCCCUGCUAGCCGCCUAGGCGCUAGGCGUUGGGCUGGCGCCCGACUAGUGCCUAGCGCCUUUUAGAACAUUGAUACUACCUCCGCCCCCUAAGAUUAGGACAAAGGAGGGUGAUGCGAUUUUUAUGAAAAGUGAAGUUAUAUGGUUGAUAAUGAAUUAGUAAAAAGUAAAAUUAAAGAAGAAAAGAAUUAGAGACAAACAAAUAUUACCAAAUAUGAUAUGCGACAAAUUUAGUGAGACGGAUGAAAAGGAAAUUGAGAAUUAUAGUGGGACAGAGGGAGCCUAACAAACCACGACUCACUUUCUCUCAUAUUAAUGUUUUCAUUUUGUUUCGAAGUUAUACAAAAAGUUCUAUUGUGAGUUUGUGACGUAAAAAGUAAAUUCAGAUAUCAUGAUGAAAUUUAGAAUAAGAGAUUCCACAAGGUUAAUCUAAGCAUAAAAGUAUUAAUGAAAUCCCUAUUUUGGGACGGAUAGAAAAAUAGGCAUGAAUGUUAUGCAAGUAACGAUGAUGAAAACCAAUGGCGGAGACUUGAAAGUUGAAAGUUAGGAGAACUUUUAUAUUUUUUGCAAGGUUUCGGCUUCCGAGAGUUUUGAGAUUUCAGUCGGCAAAAACAGAACCAAGGAGAUGGGUGAUGGAGGAUAAGCGCAUGCCUAGAGCAAGGAAGAGAUCGUCGUUUUGCCUCAAGCUUAUUAAAGUAUGGAGAUGGAGAAAGAAGAUGAAGUCAGGGACAACCACUGGGUCUUUGACCAGUUGGACUUGAAGGAAGAGGGUGGAGCUUUAUUGAAUUGGUUCGUCUCCCUCUUAAACCGCCGCUAGGGAAGAAACGAGCGACUAAGGUUUGAAUGCUUCUUUUAAUUAUUUUUGCUUGUUUCAUUUGUAUUUUUUUGUUCAACACUUACGGUAUAAUUUUGGGUUUGUGAUUUUAGUUAAUAGAUUGGAAGAAAGCAAUCAAUCUGUUUCGGCCAAUAAUAGUUUUUAAUCUCUCGCAUGUUCAACGAUUAGUCUUGUUUAUUGUUGGACAGUUUACUCUAUGUCUCAUCAGAGAGUGAGACUGUGAGUCUAUUGGCUAUAAGGAGUCUAGAGGGAAGAUCGAUCCGAUCUCAUUAUUUAGAAGGCUCAAUGUUUGGAUGUUUAAAUUGUUUCAAUGAGAUUAAUAUAUAAGCAGUUUUCCUUUCAAAAAAUAUCAGGGGGGCCUAGGGUUCUUCUAGCCCCUCCCUAUCUAUACCAUUCAUGAAAAUUGAAAAUUGAUUAAUAGUCUCGUGACUCUCAAACAUAUCAAGUUAUACCGAAUCCCUUUGUGCCUCACGCUAGAUAUUUCGUAUGUGAUGUGAAUAUCGAUCUCACUUUCAUUUAUAGUACACUAGAGCCAAUUCAGUUAGAUCUGUUUAAGAUGUAUAAGCAAACAUUUUGGGGCAUAUUCUAGCUUAGUAAUACCCUAUACGAUUUAAUAUCACCAAUAAUGUAAGGGAAAGUACGUAGUGAUCAUCAUCAUACUUUGGAUGCAAACCUUUUCCUACCUAAAUUAUUGGGACUUUUGCACUUAAAUUUCACCUAACUAUAGAAGUAACAAAGCACUAGGGUUUUCACCUCAAGAUGAAAUCAAAUCAAAUGAUGUCUCAAAUAUAAUUUCAUGUACUUGUACAUGUCGCUCCAUUUGUCGGUUAGAAGAUCUCAAGCCAUAUCUGAGGUAUGGCUAUUUGCUCAUGUCACGCGCACGUCAUCCGCUGCUGGAUUAGGAUACUACCGAGAUGCUUUAGAUCGCUUGUGUGAUGAUCAGAUGACGUGGAUGCCGUACACUGAUGAGAUUUUAGGGCUGUUGCCUCCUGUUGCCCGAGAGCACACUGAGAUAUGGCGAGCACGUGUGCCCUUGAUAUGUUUUGAUGUAGUGGAGCAUCACUUUCCUGAUCGCAUACUACGCCAGUUCGGGUUGCAGCAGAUUACUCCCAGACCUUGUGAUACAUCUGUGGAUUUGCACAAGAUUGAUAGACGGGGGAAGCACACUGAAGAUUGGGGGAUGCGCCAUAUUCAGUAUAUCACUAUGUGGGAUGAGAGAGCGGCGUAUAUAGUGGACGGGAUCCCAUCAUUAGUCCCCACAGCUUCUGUAGACUACAUGAGAUGGUAUUACACCAUCACACGGGUGUUUAUCUCUCCCAGUUUUCGUUUACCCACUAAUCAUUACCAGCCUAGCUCAGUCUCUCUUCAUAUGACGACACGGGCUUUGCGUAGCAUCCAUGACAGAGCGACUGCUAUACUUGAUGAGGCGGUAGAUGUACAGGGAUACCAUGACGCUUGUUCAGGCAUUGUUUCACUGUGCGCUGAUGUAUUGGGUCGAGUGGAUUAUGGAUAUAUGGCCACCUCUCAGCAUUCCACCGCAUCUACAUCCGCAGCAGGGUCUUCUCAGGCAGUCCGACGUGAUAGAGUUGUUCUUCAGCCUCGUAACCAGCGCAGGCGUCCCCGAGCACAGCCACAUGAACUUCAUGAUGAUGAUGAUCACAUUGACUUAUGAUGUUUGUAUUUAAAUUAUUGUGUGAAAGUUGUAGCAUGCACUGGCAGAUCGAAUCAUUUUGUGAAACACCAGAUUUAUUAUAACUUUUAUGGUUUAUACUCAAUUUUGUGGUGCAUUGAUUCGUUUUGUGAAAGUUUCACAAUAUGUAGUUUCAUUGAUUCGUUUUGUAUUUUGGAUGUAUGUUGUCAUGUAGUUUCAUUGAUUCGUUUUAUAUUUCGG